UCCCAGCCGUCCCUCCUGACGACUUACCCACGUGUCAGCAUCCUGAUAACCCAGCCGCUCUUCGACACGUCAGCACUUCUCUCUCUCUCUCCUCUGCGACUCUCUCUUACUCUGUCUCGCCCAUUCCAUGCUACUUCCUUCUCUCUCUCUCUCUCUAGCGCUUCCCAUGGCGGUCAACGAUUCCAUUUCUCACUGAACAAAGCGACAGAGAGAAAGAAAGAGUCCAAGGUGUAGAGUGGUGGCUUUCGCGUGGAGCUGAGCUGAGGAAAAAGUGGUUUUGGUUUUUCUUCUCCGAUCAGUAGUUUUAUUGGGAAGGAUGGGAGGUAAAACUAAGAAUCAAAGGAUUUACUCAGCGAACCCUAACGACUACAAGCUUCUAGAAGAAGUAGGUUAUGGUGCCACCGCUACAGUUUUCAGAGCGAUCUAUCUUCCUUCCAAUGAAGUCGUCGCGGUUAAGUGCUUGGAUCUCGAUCGCUGCAAUAGUAAUCUGGAUGACAUACGUAGGGAGGCUCAAACAAUGAUUUUGAUAGAUCAUCCAAAUGUUGUUAGGGCUUAUUGUUCAUUUGUUGUUGGACGAAACCUUUGGGUGGUCAUGCCUUUCAUGGCGGAGGGUUCUUGUUUGCACCUCAUGAAGAUAGCAUACCCAGAUGGCUUUGAAGAAGCUGCUAUUGGUUCUAUACUAAAAGAAACUUUGAAGGCUUUGGACUACCUUCAUCGACAAGGACAUAUUCAUAGGGAUGUUAAGGCUGGAAACAUACUACUUGAUACAAAUGGGGUGAUAAAGCUUGCCGACUUUGGUGUUUCAGCUUGCACGUUUGAUACAGGUGAAAGACAACGAACAAGAAAUACUUUUGUAGGGACCCCAUGCUGGAUGGCACCAGAGGUAUUGCAGCCAGGAAGUGGAUAUAAUUCCAAGGCUGAUAUUUGGUCAUUUGGUAUAACGGCAUUGGAGCUGGCUCACGGUCAUGCACCAUUUUCAAAAUAUCCUCCAAUGAAGGUUCUCCUGAUGACGAUACAGAAUGCCCCUCCUGGGCUUGAUUAUGAUCGAGAUAAAAAAUUCUCUAAGUCUUUUAAAGAAAUGGUUGCAAUGUGUCUGGUGAAAGAUCAAGCAAAGAGGCCAACAGCAGAGAAAUUAUUGAAACACUCCUUUUUCAAGCAUGCAAAGUCUCCAGAGCUUUCUGUGAAGAAAUUAUUUGCUGAUUUGCCACCCCUUUGGAAUCGUGUAAAAGCCCUCCAGCUUAAAGACGCAGCACAACUAGCUCUAAAGAAAAUGCCUUCAGCAGAACAAGAGGCUAUAUCACAGAGUGAGUACCAGCGAGGAGUUAGUGCCUGGAACUUCGAUAUUGAGGAUUUAAAAGCGCAAGCAUCACUGGUGAGAGAUGAUGAUGAUGAUGGGCCAGAGACCAGGGAAGAAGAUGAAAGCAUGAAAUAUGUUUUCAGUGAGGAGGAUUCAAUUGAUUUCCAAACCAGUUUUGGGAAAUUGAAUUUAAAUUAUGAAUUAUCACAGCCUGAGUACAGAGGGCGAAAUAGUGGUGAAGAAAAACCACAGGCUGACGUCCUGAAUAGAAAGGGAAAGGUUGUGGAAAGUGAUUUACUGGAAUCUGGAUGCCAAGAGAAAGUUGGUUGGAGAAAAAAUGGCUCAAGCACUGAGGCAUCUUCAUCAAUGUCAGAAAAGGACAUGGUUCAGGCCAAGACUAAAACUCAAACAGUGAAAAUUCGCCAAACUCAGAGUGGCCCACUUAUGCCUGGUGCUGUGCUUAGUCAUUCAGUAUCAGAGAGAGUGCGAAUCUCUGAAAGGACUGAGCUUGAAAUUCAACCAUCUACUGAGAAAGCUUUCCAACAAGUACGGCGGGCACCAAGCUUUAGUGGUCCUUUGAUGCUUCCAAACCGAGCUUCGGCAAAUAGUUUAUCAGCUCCAAUAAAGUCUACUGGAGGGUUUAGGGAUUCCUUAGAUGACAAGUCAAAGGCAAAUCUGGUGCAAAUUAGAGGAAGAUUUUCAGUAACAUCAGAGAAUUUAGAUCUUGUAAAGGAUAUUCCAUUAAGUACAGUUCCACGACGGUCUACACAGGGAUCUCCAUUAAGAAAGUCUGCUAGUGUUGGUGAAUGGAUUUUUGAUUCCAAGCAAGCGCCUAUCAAUCAGUCGCCAAAGGAAUUUAGCAAUGGUAAUUUACCUGCUUCACUUCUCAUGCCUCACCUUCAGCAUCUUUUUAUGCAGACCACAACGCAACAGGAUCUUAUCAUGAAUUUGCUCUACAGCAUGCAACCAGCUGAGGUAGCAGAUGCUACCCAAAAUGGAAAGUUGCCGCCAUUGCCUCGUAGUUCAGAGAACAAUGGAACUAUUGAAACAGCGGCUUCUGAGAGGGAACGUUUACUUCUUCUCAAGAUCUCUGAGCUUCAAUUUAGGACGGUCAAUUUGUGUGAAGAGCUGACUGCUGAAAAGUUAAAAUACAUACAAUUGCAGCAGCAGCUAAAUGCUGUAUCAGGUCAAGAAGAAAAUGGAGACAGGAGGGAAGGGGAUGCCUGAUAUUAAAAAAUUCAGGUUAUGUAAAGUGAAAUCACCAUGUACAUCCAGGCAAGAGCUGUAAAUCAUAUGCAGAAAGUGUUUUCCUACAUUCUUUCUCAGUGCCAAGAGGGAACUGUUUUGGCUCAUAGCAGUAAAUAGAAGCAAAGAGUGGCAUCCAUGUGUCUGGAUCUCUCUUCUGCCUACCGCGUGCAAUUAUUUUCUUUGAAGAUUUUCAGCCACCAAAUAUGACAAGCAAAAGUUCAAAGUUCAUCAGUUGCUCUCAUACAAAUAGAAAUGAGCUCCUCUCCUGCAGUCUCAUGUUGUAACUUGGGAGUUGGCAGUUGAUUCUUUUUUCUUUUCCAUUUCUUUCUCAAUAGUUGCCAUGAGAAGGGAGGGAGUAGUGGGGUUGUUGGUAUACAUUUUACAGUUUACCUAAUUGUAAUGUUCAAUUAUAUAUAUUGAAAUAGUAUUGUGGAAAACAGGAUUUAUGAGCUUUUAUUUAUGAGCUGUAAAUUGGGCGAUAGAUUAUUAUUUUCAUC